AUGGAACAUGGGGCAGCCAGAGCGGCCGUGCCCCUGUUCGGCGUGCCGGUUGCCGUCAAGGUCAACAUUGACGUCGCGGGCAUGGUGACGACGGCGGCGUGCGCCAGCUUCGCGUACACGGCCAGCGUCGAUGUCGGCGUGGUGCGGCAGCUGAAGCAGGCGGGGCGGGUGGUGAUGGGCAAGUGCAAUCUGGACCAGUUCGCAACGGGCUUGCAGUGGAUCGGCGUCGGUGGUGGCGCGCGGGCUGGUGCGCUGGGCACCGACACUGCGGGCUCGGGCCGGGUGCCUGCAGGCUUCAACGGGCUCAAGCCAACCCGCGGCGCUCUGAGCACUGCCGGCGUCGUGCCCGCCUGCCGCGCCCUCGACUGCGUCUCUAUCUUCGCCCUCAAUCUGGACGACGCCUGCCUGGCCUACGACGUGGUGGCCCAGUACGAACCGGACAACCCCUUCUCGCGCCGCCUCCCGCCGCCGCCGCCUGCGCCCGCCGCCACGCUGCGCAUCGCUGUCGACAGCAACCCGCAAUGGCACGGCGACGCGGCUCAGGAAGCCGCCUACCACGCCGCCCUGGCCAGCGCCGGCGAGCAUGGCUGUGUUGGAAAUCAAGCAAUAGACGGCGCGUACAUAACUUCAGAUAUGGCAUGCGUAUGA